AUGGACCAUACUACACUCCAGCAGCUAGCGGACCUGCGCUUCUAUCUCGAUGCUCUCCCAGACAGUCUCCCAGCAUCGAACCUGUCCUACAACUUCGUCUACUAUCAACCAAGCCCCGAGGACAUUAAGGUGUAUGGCGGGUAUGACAGUGCUGUCAAUAACGACCUCGAAGGGGUGUUCUGCCCAAAAGCAGGAUAUGCAGGCCGGGUCUCCGAGUAUGUCCGGUCAGCGGAUGGGUCAAACACCCGAGGAUGUCGGGGCAGCGGUGACCGGCGGUCAACCGACCUCGUCGUGCCGGCCGCUUCACCCACCAGCUGGGCAGCCUGGUAG